CUUGCAGAAUUCCAGCUCGAACUUUUGAUGCAGUCACUCUGUUUUUCACGGUUAUUUUCCCUCAAUGUCUGAUAUACAACUUGUUAAUGAUAAUAUCUUGCAUUCCUGGUCAAGAAUAUUUGUGGCUCUGGAUCUUUCAAUAUGUCUUUUUCUAAAAUUUUCUUGCAUUUGUGUUAUGAUGCUAAUGAGAAUCUUCAUGCCAUUUUUUAAAAUUUCCUGCAGGCUAGUGUCUCUUAUGGAGAAAUUACCAGUUUCUUGUCUAAGGUUAUGAUUGGUGGGUUCUUUUUAAGGGAUACCUUCUCACGCCCUCCGUGUACUUUAGUACAACCAUCCAUGGAAGCUGUCACGGAUUCUUGUGUGAAUAUUCCUGAUUUUGGUAAGAAUUUCUGCCCUCCAAUAUAUCCAGUAGGUGAGCAGAAGUGGCAACUAAUUAUGGGUGAUCCUUUAAUAUGCAUUCACUCUCUUCAAGUGAAGCCCUCUCCAUUCCCAGCUUCCUUUGCAUCACAAACAGUGAUUGAAUGCCAGCCACUUAUGUUAAUUCCCUUGUAUUUACCCUCGGACUUGGACAUUAGUGUUCCUCUAGACACAACUAAACUGGAUAAUCCUAGUAGCAAAAGGAUCCUUACUGUUGAAAAGUCCUUUGCUGGAGCUAGACUUCAUAUUGAAAAAUUGUUUUUCUCUGAGUCACCUUCACUAAAACUCAAGCUACUGAACCUGGAGAAAGAUCCUGCUUGCUUCUGUCUCUGGGAGGGUCAACCAAUUGACGCUAGCCAGAAGAAAUGGACAGCUGGAGCAUCACAACUUAGUUUGUAUUUGGAAACAUCUGCUAGCUUAACUGGACUUCAGAGUUAUGCUGGCUGUACUUCAGGCUUAUGGAGGUGUGUCGAGGUUAAAGAUGCUUCUGUUGAGGUAGCUAUGGUAUCUGCUGAUGGGAAUCCUUUAAGAAUUGUUCCUCCUCCUGGCGGUGUUGUCAGAGUCGGGGUUAGUGAAAAGAUUGCCAUAGUUGGAAAGAGUAAAAGACCUAAGAUGGAUAAAAAUGACUCUCUCAGUCAAAGUUUGAUGGGGAAGGUUCCUAGUGAUACUGCUGUAAGUUUAACGGUAAAUGAUCUCCAGCUUAGAUUUCUGGAAUCAUCCUCCUCCUUCAAUAUCCAUGAAAUGCCUCUGGUUCAGUUUAUUGGGAGAGAUCUGUUCAUUAAAGUUACUCAUAGAACUCUUGGUGGGGCUAUUGCUGUUUCAUCCACUUCGUUUUGGGAGAGGAUUGAGGUGGACUGUUUAGACAAUGGGAGAAACCUGGUAAAUGAGAAUCGAACAAUGUUAGAUUCAGUUGAAAAUGGUUCUCUUGUCACUUUGAAUGGAUAUCCUCCCCUUAAAGCUGUCUUUUGGGUUGAUAACAAAAAGAAGCAUCAAUCAAAUGGAAAAGCUUUUUCUGCCUAAUUGGGGACUUUGAUUGAGCAUGAGAUAGCCUGAUGGGGAACAUAAGGGUCAAAACGCAUUAAAAACACAUCCUAUGAAGUAAUUUUAACAAAAAUAUGAGGGAAAGGAAAAUGACUGACUUUGCUAUGAGAACUGGGGGGCUGCUUUGGAGUUCCCACACAAAAAUCUUUCCUUCCCUAUUCCCUGGAACAGAACAUCACAAAUUAUAAACCUGAUUCCAAUAC